CACCCACUCUCGUUCCACUCUUUUAGCCCCAGGAAAAAAAAAAAAGGAAUUUGUAGAAGUGGCACAAAGAUAACCAAAUGGCCACCUUGACCUCUGCAGCUGUCACAAUCCCUUCCUUCACCGGCCUCAAGGCCGCGGCCGCAACCCGCACCACCGCCGCCUCUGUUGCGGCCCCCAAGGCCGCCCCCGCGGGCGCCCUCUCCGCCCACGCCUCCCUCAAGAAGAUCGGCGCCGCCGUGGCCGCCACCGCCGCGAGCGCCAUCCUAGCGGGCAACGCGCUGGCGUUCGACGUGCUCCUCGGCGGGAGCGACGGCUCGCUCGCGUUCGUCCCCGCCAACUUCUCCGUCCCAGCGGGGGAGACCAUCGUGUUCAAGAACAAUGCUGGGUUCCCGCACAACGUCGUGUUCGACGAGGACGAGAUCCCGUCGGGGGUCGACGCCUCGAGCAUCUCGAUGAGCGAGGAGGACCUGCUCAACGCCCCCGGCGAGACCUACACGGUGACGCUGAAGGAGAAGGGGACGUACACCUUCUACUGCUCGCCUCACCAGGGAGCAGGGAUGGUGGGAAAAGUGACCGUUAACUAAAAAUGGCGGGACAUAUUUUCAAAUCCUGUGGUUUUGCUUACUAGUAAAGGAGGAGUUUUUAUUUAUGCAAAAGAUGUGAGGGGCAAAAGUUAUGAGAUGUAUAACAUUGUGUAGUGUCAUCAUAUUGUCAAUUGAAUUUUUCUUUACAACAUUCGAAUGA